GUGAUGAUAACAUACAGAGCAAAGGGAUCACCAGCCUGUGACCAUUUCCGAACAUUUCCCAAGGCAUGAGUAUCUGCCACUGCCCGACGUACUUUUUCUAUGCUGGUACCAACGAUCUUGUUUCGCUCCAUAAGUCAGCGAGGUCCUUUCGUAUUCUGUAAUCAGUUAAUACACACAUCACACAGAACAAUGUUUGCGGCCAUCAAAACUCUUUUCACUGAACUUGAAACGCCCAAGUAUGAAGUGGAGAAGGAUUCAACAGACGACAAGAAGAAAGAGUAUGAGGUCAGAAGGUAUGGAGAGACAACAACAUGGGUGACUAUAUCAAAUUCUUCUAUCGACGAACCUUCAGAAGUCAACAAACCGACAAAGGAGAGUCGUGGGAUGUUCUUCAAGCUUUUUAACUACAUUUCAGGGGAAAAUGACAAAAAACAAAAAAUUGACAUGACUGUACCUGUGCUCAAAAAGAUAACACCAGGAGCGGGUCCGUUCUGUGAAACAACCACAGACAUGUCAUUCUAUGUCACCAAGGAAUUUCAAGGCAGUCCUCCAACCCCGUCAGCUGAAGAUGUUCAUGUGACGCACCUUCCAGCUCAACGAGUUGUUGUCAGAACUUUUGAUGGGUACACAUCGGAGGCUAAAGAUCUAGAACAGGCUCGGAUCCUGGCUGAGCUCACUAAAGACAAGUUCGAGCUGGAACAAUCAUACUUCUUCACUGCAGGAUACAACAGCCCAUGGAGGGUGACUGGGCGUAGGAAUGAGGUCUGGUUUGUGAUUAAAGAUGAUCAGAAACCAGAUGAGGCUAAUGUUAAACCGACAAGCCCUGAGGUUAAUGUUGAAACAGCAACAGUUAAAGAAACUAAGGAAAGCUCCGCAGACCCAUCAGAAAUCACAUCUGCUUAAUAGGAUGCCAAAGUAAUAAAUCAUUCUGCAUGGAGGGGGGGGGGGGAUUGGGCGGCAAGUUAUGUGGGGGUGUUCCCCCUUUGCAAAUGCAUCUAUUUUGAACCCAGUUUUACCAAGCUAGUUCAAGAUUUCCUGAACAAAUCAUAUGAGAAAGGAAUUUUUGGGGAUUAUGAAAGUGAAGUAGGCUGACUCUGUCCACACCCUCCUCUUUUAUGAUUUUGCCACUGCUGCCCGAGCACUGUGCCACCAUGUUAAUUUUCUCUGCGAAAAUCAAUAGUAGCUUGUAGGGGACUAUGUAAAGUGUUGAGCCCGGUUUAUAUACUUCCCGUGAAUGCAAACAGAUAACAAAUCUUUGUGAUGUAAGAAUCGGCACGCACUGUUCUUCCAAUUAUGACGCAUGUAUAUUCGCUUAACACGAAGCAUUUGCAGGAAGUAUGAAGUGCUUCUAACACUGGUAAAAAUUCCUAAUACUGGCAGCGGUGUAGCCAUGGGGGGGGGAAGCUAAGGGAGCCUCUCCCCCAGGUGCCCUCAUAAAAGGGAUGGGGCGAACAAAAACAUGGCUUCGUCCCCCAAUUGAAAAGCAUUUACAAUCCCCCCACUGUAAAAAAAAAAUUCCAGUUGAUAAUGUUUAUGUACAUGUAUUCACAUAAUUAUAAGUAUUGAUGAGAACUUAAAUUACAAUAACAGGGUAUUUUUAUUAUUUUAAUUUGUGGAUGAAGAAUGUAUUGCUUCUGAUGUAAUGUUUAGUAUAUUUAUUAGUUAUUUAUUUACCCUUGGCGAUGACAAAGCUAAAACAUCUCAUUUGAUUAUCUCCCAAUUUGUACUCACAAUAUUUAGAAGCGACAAGUUAAGUUCAAUUGAAAUGUAUGCAUACACAUAAUGUUGACAAAGACAAAUUUCAUAUUGUGUAUUAGAACAAAACUGGUUGCACAUAGUUGUGCAGCUGUGAUAAUUGAACUCUUUGUAAUGUUCCUUUGGAAUUAGACCUAAAUACAUAAAAUACUGUCAUUUUUGGCAAAGCAAAUUUAUGGUUUGUAUUGCACAAAAGAUCAAUAAUUUAACAAAUUCCACUUGUUUUUUUAGGCUAAAACGACCAACAUAUUAAAAUUCGGUCUCCACCACCUCUGAUUUUUGACAAUUAAUUAUCUUCCAUUAUUGUACCUGUGACAGUAUAAAGGUAACUUCGUAUCCAGCAUUUUGGAAGGAUUUUCUUGUUUUCACAAUAAACAAUUUAAUUAUCAAUACAA